CAUCCACUCUUUGAUUCAGAGUUUUCUGCCCAAAUCUCAUACACGUUCUUUACCCAGCCUUUGUUCUGCUUCUACACCAUCAACCGACAAGAUGAUUCGGACGAGCAUCCGGAAUCUCGCGUUUGUGUCGCUCGCCGCCCUCUCGUCUGCCUCUUCUUUUGUCGGCUGCUAUAGUGAACCCGGCGAGCUAGUUCUCGCGGGAUCCUAUCAAUUCCAGUCCCUCGGAUACUGCCAACAGACCUGCGACAAGCGUAAUCAGACCGUAUACGCUGUGCACGACGGGAAUCAAUGCUACUGCGGCGACGAACUACCCUCUUCGGAGUUUGAGGUGCCAGCUGCGCGAUGCAAUACGCCCUGUGCUGGGUUUCCCUCUGAUACUUGCGGCGGCUCUGACACCUGGAGUGUCAGUUCAGACUCCAUGAACGUCAAACGCGAUGAUGCCGGCUCUGUCAUCGUAACCGCACCGGACACGCCGGACUCUGCGGCGAACAUCCAAGUCAACCCAACCUUGGUCGAGACUGGCAUUGCGCUUGCCAGUAGUGUCGGCAGUGACGCGGAAGGCAGCGCCAAGACAUCUAUCCCCAGCGUCAUCUUGACUGCGCCAACCAUGACUGCUGCGCAGCAACAGCAGCAGGUGGGCUCGGCGACCGCCACUGCCGCGUCGAUCGCGAUUGUCGCGUCGAAUUCUCCAUCUUCUUCGGCCGCUGUCGCCUCGUCAAGUGCAUCUGCAAGCCCCUCGGCCAGCGCAGGCGCUGCGGCUGCCUUGGACGCGGGUGCGGGCCACGGGUCGCUGGUCGGUGGCUUGCUAGUCUCGAUCCUUGCCACCUUGCUUUAUUAACGACAUUUCGCAUGGUGACGGGCGAUGGCAA